CCUGCGCUCCUUCGGUCGGCGGGAAAUGGCGCCCGGGAUUUAGCGACCGCGGCCCGGAUAUACCAAGGAAGCCGGACCCCUGGGGACGCAGAGGGCUUGGAUUCAACCUAAGGAGCUUAGGAUAAAGAACCCGGAAGCCGCCGGGGAAGUGCAGCUUUUAUGUGGCAUUCGUAAAGAUGAGGCUAAGGACGCGGAAGGGGUCUCCGCGCAGCAGUCACGGGGCCGCCGGACGCACUGCACGCAGCAAGAGGAAGCACUCGGAAGAGGAGGAGGAAGAGGAGAGCUCCCCUCUGGUACCAGAUAAGCUGUCCAAACCAGAAACCGGCUUGCUGUCCACCUUGAAAAAUUUCAUCAAAGGCAACACACCCAAGGAGGAUAGAGAGAACCCUCCAAAGAGAAGCAGGGUGGAGCGUGACCUUGAUAACAACCUCAUCACCUCAACUCCACGUACUGGUGACAAGCCAAGCAAGCCGAUUGCACGUGUCCGGAGGAAAAGCCAAGUCAAUGGGGAAGCCGGAGGUUACGAGGUGACAAGUCAGCACGUAAAACAGAAUGGGAAAUUGGAGGACCUAUCCAGCACAGCCAGCCCCCCAAGGACCACCUUGCUGGGGACCAUAUUCUCUCCUGUCUUCAACUUCUUUUCACCAGCAAAUAAAAAUGGCACGUCUGGGUCGGACUCCCCAGGACAAGCGGUGGAAGCAGAGGAGAUUGUGAAGCAGCUAGAUAUGGAGCAGGUGGAUGAGAUUAGCACCAGCACCACCACAUCAACUAACGGGGCUUCCUACCCCAGCCAAGGGGCACCUGUUCGUAAUACUGGCAGCAGCUGGCUGGAGGGGGCAGAGGAACCCCCUGAGAGAGACCUACCACCUCUUACAGCCCCAGUGUCCCCCGACAGUGGCUACUCGUCAGCACAUGCAGAGGCUGCUUAUGAGGAGGAUUGGGAAGUCUUUGAUCCAUACUACUUUAUCAAGCAUGUCCCACCCCUGACUGAAGAACAACUCAAUCGGAAGCCUGCCCUCCCUCUGAAAACCAGGAGCACCCCCGAGUUCUCUCUUGUCUUGGACCUGGAUGAAACGCUGGUGCAUUGCAGUCUCAACGAACUGGAAGAUGCAGCCCUCACGUUCCCCGUUUUAUUCCAGGAUGUCAUUUACCAGGUCUACGUGCGGUUAAGACCUUUUUUCCGUGAGUUCUUGGAGCGUAUGUCUCAGAUUUAUGAGAUAAUCCUCUUUACUGCAUCAAAGAAAGUCUAUGCAGACAAAUUAUUGAAUAUAUUGGAUCCCAAGAAGCGACUAGUCAGGCACAGGCUUUUCCGUGAGCACUGUGUAUGUGUCCAAGGGAACUAUAUUAAGGACCUUAACAUCCUCGGAAGGGAUCUCUCUAAAACAAUCAUCAUUGAUAACUCACCACAAGCCUUUGCAUACCAGCUUUCAAACGGGAUACCCAUUGAGAGCUGGUUCAUGGAUAAGAAUGACCAGGAGCUACUGAAGCUUGUCCCUUUCCUGGAAAAGCUUGUAGAACUGAAUGAAGAUGUCCGACCUCACAUCAGAGACAGAUUCCGCUUGCAUGACUGCUUGCCCCCAGACUAAAAAGGAAA